ACCCGGCUACUGCUGAAUCAAGAACAAGUGUAUAAAUCGCAUCUCCACUACGCUGCCAACGGAUUAUAGAGACACUAUUGAACACCGAACUUCUUCGUUUCUCUGUGGUUCGGCUUUGAACAUGAUUGCAUAUUCUCAGUAGGCUGACAUGAAUGAAAUGCAUCAAUUAGAAGUAGGUCAAAGGUCCUAGCCAGCGCGCGGCCAUUCCGCUUCGGCUCGUAACCAAGGGAAAUGGGCCCAGCGCUAACAGAGGACGGUGUGCCGGUGCACCUUCAGCGGAACAUUGACGCGACCCUCGCGGGGCGCCGGAAUGUGACACGGCCGCCACCUCCCAAGGCGCCAAGCAACCUCCCCAUUCCCGUGCUCCCCCUCGAUCCCGACCCCGACGCCGCCGGCGACGACGCCGCCAGCCUCGGUUACGGAUCCUACCUCUCCAACUCGUACGGCAGCCCUACGGCAUCGUACGGCAAUGGCGGCGCCGCCUCGACGGUUGGCGGCCGGUCGGUUGCAGAUCUGUUGGAGCAGCCGUUGGCGGCGCCGGAUGUGUACGGCGCGGCCCGGGCGGUUGGGCUGCGGUGGGCGCGGCAGCAGGAGCGGGAGUGGUACCGGGAGCAGGAGCGGCUGAGGCCAGAGCGGGUGGCGGCGGAGACGGAGCGACUGCUUGAAGCCACUGUGGGCGCAGGCGGCCUGGCACCUGCGCUGUGGCGCAAGCUGCCUGGCCGGCUGGAGGCCAUUGCGGAGCGCAACGUGCUGCGGGCCGAGGCGGCGGAGCAGGCGGCACUCAGGCUGGAGGCGUGGGCGCCGCAGUCGGUCGCAAACAGCGCCACUGCAGCGGUGCGCGCAGCGCUGACGUCAGCACGGCGGGAAGCGGGCGCGCCGGGCGGCGGCGGCGGCGGCGGCGGCUCGAGUGUGGGCGGCGGUGGCGGCGGCGGCGGUUGGGGUGACGGCGCGAGUGUGGCGAGCGGCAGUACGGCGGCUGCGUACCGCAAUGCGUCACCGCGGUACAUGGAGACCGAGGUGGAAAAGAACCGGGUUCGCAAGCAGCUGGGCCGACUCAUGGCAAAACACGGAGCUAGCGGCGGCGGCGGCGGCGGCGGCGGCGGCGGCGGCUCGCCGCCGCUCUCACCCGAGCGCAAAAGCGGCGGCGGCGGCGGCGGCGGCGGCGCCACCACGACCACCUGGUCGGCCUUCGCCAGCGGCGGCGGCGCCGCCGCCGCGCCGCCGUCGCCUGGCCGGGCGGCGCCGCACAGCCCCAUGCGGGCUCGCACCACCAGUGGCGGCGGCGGCGGCGGCGGCGGCAGUGACGGCGGCUCGCUUAGCUGCUCCCCUCGCCGUGGCGGCGGCGGCGGCGGCGCGGGUAGCUCGAGAUCGGAGCGUGCAAAGGACGCAGCACGGCUGGAGGAGACGUUGGCGCUGGCGGGGCGGGUGGCGGCGUACCUGGCCAUGGAGAGCCCCGCCAGCGCGCGGGUGGCGGCGUCGGGCGCCUCCGCAACCGGACGCACCUCCUCCGGCGGCUUGCACAGCAUCCGUGGCGGCAGCGCCCGCGCCGGCGGCCGGCCCGGCGGCGGCAGCGCACGAGCUGGCGGCGGCGGUGGCGGCGGUGGGCUCAACGUGGCGGGGCGGCUUGCGGAGUGGGCGACGGCGGGGCGGCAGACUGCGGAGAGCAAGUACGGCGUGGAACUCCCGCCCGAGGAGGCCGCACGGGCCGCCAAGCUGGUUGCACAGUACGAGGACGCGUGCAGGCGGCACGGGCUUCAUGUGGACGGCGGCGUCAGUGCCGCACUCACCCGGAGCUUCGGGACCGUGCAGGGUGUGUACGGGCACGCGCUGGAGCUGACGGCUCUGGCGCUCACCAGUCGUGAGGCGGCGGCGGCGCUGGCGGAGGUGCUGCCGCAGUGCGCGCACAUCAAUGCUCUGACGCUGGAGCGCUGUGUGUUGUCCGCUGACGCGGUGGGCUGCGUGCUGCCGGCGCUGUGGGCGCUGCCGCUGCGGCGACUGGCCACCCCCAACACCGACUUCCCGCCCGCGGCCUGGCCCACGCUGCAGCGGGCACUGGGUCGUCCCACGGUGUGGCACUCGGAGGCGAUGUGGUGGCAGUCCCUCACCACACUGGCGCUGGUGGGCAACGCCAUGUCGGACCAGGGGCUGUGCUACCUGGUGGAGGUUCUUGAGGCCAUGCCGCGUCUGGCCCGGCUGGACCUGCGGCAGUCGGGUCUCAGCGACCUCAGUGCGCCGCAGCUGGAGAGGCUGGUGGAGCGGGUGGGCAGCCUGGAGGAUCUGGAUCUAGCCAACAAUAACCUGGGGGUCAAGGCCGUGGGCGCUAUGGCCCUGGCUCUGAAGAAGGCCCCGCAGCUCUCCCGCCUGAGCCUGUCUUGGAACAGUGUGGGUGGCGGCGGCGUGGCAGCGCUGUUCUGGUCCGUGCUCAGCCUCAGCAGUAGCAGCGGCAGCAGCAGCAGUAGCGGCACCGGCGGCAGUAGCGGGCCAGGCAGUAGCUUCGGGCCUGGUGCUGCUGUGGGCCUAGGAGCAGCAGCGGCGGGAGGUGGAGGAGCGGGAGGAGGCGGAGGCGGAGGCGGCGGUCGGCGCUGUGGGCUGCGGUCUGUGGAGGUGGCGGGGUGUGACCUGGUGGCGACGGACCUAUUCGCCAUGGCCGCCUGCCUGCGCGCCCACCCCGCCACCCCCGUACGGCACAUCAACCUGUCGUACAACAACCUGGCGGGCGUGGCGGGGCAGUGCCUGUUGAGGCACGUCAACAAACUCAUGCAGCCGGGGUCAGCAGCAGCAGCAGCAGCCGCGGCGGCGGCCGCGGCGGCGGCGCCUGCGGCGGCGCCGUCGGCGCCGGUGACCGGGCGUGCGAUGUCGCCGCUACGAAACGGCGGCGGCGGCGCCGCCGCCGCCAGUGCGGGUCUGGUGCCGAUCCUGAAGAUAAGCGCUGCCGGGCUUGGCUCGGCGGCGGCGGCGGGCGGGGCUGGCGUGGUGAGCCGCAAGCGGCUCACCAUCAACCCCAACAUCCACACCUCCUCUGGAACCGCUGCUGGCGGCGGAGGCGGCGGCGCUGACGGCGGCGGGCCAGCGUUGGCGGUGUCAGCAUCCUCCCCCGACCGCGCCGCCGCCGCCGCCAGCAGCGGCGGCGGCUCCAUCGCAGGCCGCAGCAGCAGCGCCGGCGCCAGCAGAAGCACCAGCAAGAGCCCGGGAUCCGCCGGAAGACCGCGAUCCGGAUCCGGACCUGGAUCUGGAUCCAGAACUGGUUACGGCGGCAUCCACCCGGAUCGCGCCGUGCACGUGGUGACGACGGACUGUGUGGUGGUGCCGGUGCUGCCACCCGGCGGCCGGCCAGCAGUGCACCACGACGGCACCGCGCUCAAGCCGGCAGAUGAGGACUCGGAUGACGCGGGGCGGCGGCUGCGGUACCGCCGGGACCAGCGGGACCCCGACCGAGACCGGGACCGGGAGCGCCGCGCCUCUUACCUGGGCGGCCCCGACGGCGCCGGCACUGGUGACGGUGCGGAGCAGCCAACCACAACAACCGCCGCCGCCGCCAGCGUCGGCGUCAGCGGUGGCGGGCCGCCGCCAGCAGUCGUCGGGCGCCUUCGGCUCCGUAAGGAUGCGGCGGCGGCGGCGCCGCCGCCGCCGCCGCCGUCUGCACGGACUGCUGCGGCGGCGCGGCGCGCCGCCUUCGUGGCGGCGGUGACGGCCGCCGCCGGUGCGCACGCUUUCUACGAAAUCAAGCUGGAUCUUGGAUCUGAGAUUCCGGACCGGCAGGUGGCGGCGCUGCUGGUGGAGCAUGAGAUGGAGGGGCGGCGGCACGGCUACCUCAGCCUGCUGUACGGCUUCAAGUGGCAGGGCCGCGUGUACAAGAGGGACGGCGAGGAGGUGUCCCCCCUGGACCUGGUCUUCAGUGGGUGGAGCCACGCCCUGCCGCGGGCCGGAGCGCUGGAGCUGGUGGUGGCGGUGCUGCCACCCGCGCUGUGCCCCUGGCUGGCCAACAGGCACCUGCACUUCAACACAGCCCGGCUGGUGGAAGAGCGGCGAGCUGGCGGCGGCGGCGGUGGCGGCGGCGGCGAGGAGGAGGCUGGGCAGGUGGGGGGCGACCUGGCGGCGGCGGCGCUGGCCGUGGCGCGAAAGGCGGCGGCAGCCAAGGCGGCGGCGGCGGCGGCGGCGGCAGAGGCCGCGAAACGGGAUGCGGAGGCUUACUAGUACGGCGCUAGGGCCGUGUCAUGUGGGUCAGGCGUGUUACUCAUGGGCGUUGGGAGGAGUCAGAUAGUUUACGGUAGUUGGUGGCUGGGUGGUGAGGGCGGGAGCCAUCCACGAGCAUGUACAGCGGUGCCUGGUGGUGGCAUUGGGUUUCGCUGCGAUGUGGUGCAUAGUGCAUGUCCAGCAUUGUUGAAUGAAUGGAGCUUCCAACUGUACCGUAUGGUACCAUCGUCGCAUUGCCAUGAUACGUACUGUCACACAUGUGGAUUGUGGUGGGCAGGUGGCAGCUGCUUCCCUCCCCUGCCGCGCAUGCGUUUAUGAAGAAUGCGCUUAUCACAACCAGGGACAGGCUGACCAGCCUGCAGUGUGAUGCUGGCAGCUGACUGUAUUGCUGUAACUAAUAACUCAU